AUGGCAGACUUAACGCGUCCUAUCUUGAACAUAUGUUGUGUGGGUGCCGGUUAUGUUGGCGGUCCUACUGCUGCGGUUAUUGCCUUGCAAAACCCACAGCUUCGUGUUACUGUUGUCGACAAGAAUGUGCAGCGAAUCCGAAGAUGGAAUUCGGCGCAUUUGCCCAUCUACGAGCCAGGACUAGGAGAGAUCGUCCGCAUUACCCGCGAUGGAUCUAGAAAAUGUUAUUUUUUCAACCACCCGGAGAGCGAGCAAGUCUUCAACUGCGACCAACUGCAUCAUAGCAACUGGGCAGUUUUACCAGAGAGGCAACCGAACUUAUUCUUUUCAACACAAGUAGCGCGGACUAUUGCGGAGGCAGAUAUCGUCCUCAUUGCGGUCAACACGCCGACUAAGACAAGAGGCACUGGAGCGGGAAUUGCUACCGAUAUGACUGCUUUUGAGGCCGUUACUAGCGAGGUCGCCCAACAUGCUCGGCCAGGGAUUAUCAUUGUAGAGAAGUCAACCGUUCCAUGCAGGACAGCCGAUCUUGUUCGAAGAACUAUGGCGGUUCAUCGUCCGAACGUCCACUUUGAAAUCCUGUCCAACCCUGAAUUCUUGGCUGCCGGUACAGCGAUGAAAGAUCUCAUGUUUCCCGAUCGUGUACUUAUCGGAUCUUCGACGACCGCAUCCGGCCGCUGGGCCGCCGAAGCCUUGGCAGAUGUCUAUGCGGCAUGGGUUCCGCGAGAACGCAUCGUCACCACUAACGUCUAUUCAUCGGAGUUGUCUAAGCUCGUGGCCAACUCCAUGCUGGCGCAGCGAAUUAGCAGCAUCAACUCGAUAUCUGCCAUCUGCGAGAAGACGGGAGCGAAUGUCGACGAGAUAGCGGCGUCUAUCGGUUACGACCCUCGAAUCGGCGAUAAGUUUCUCAAGGCAGGCAUUGGCUUUGGCGGGAGCUGCUUCAAAAAGGACAUCCUUAGUCUAGUCUACUUGGCCGAAUCUCUCGGUCUCGAGGAAGUAGGCGAGUACUGGCGACAGGUGGUCAAGAUGAACGAAUACCAACGCGAUCGAUUUUCCAGGCGAGUGAUCAGCUGUCUAAACAACACAUUAGUGGGCAAGAAGAUCACCUUGCUCGGAUACGCAUUUAAGGCCAACACGUCUGAUACGAGAGAAUCGCCCGCACUCGAGGUCGUCAAGACCCUUCUCGAAGAGGGUCCUAGGGAAAUUGCUAUAUUUGAUCCGUGCUGUAACCCCGUGGUUGUCCGAGCUGAAAUCAAGGAACUUCUUGACGGCAGAGCUGCACUGAAAGAAGACGGAGGUCCGAUCGAGAUUUAUUCGAGUCCUUACACCGCCUGCGACGGUACCCAUGCCAUCCUCAUAACGACUGAGUUCGAUGAAUUCCGGACAACACCAUCCACGAAGCUGUGUAAGAUGUCCUCUGUGAAAGCGAAGCCUACUGUCAAAAUAGAAAAGAAGAGAGAUAUCGAUCCUCGACCUAUUAUAGAUCUCACAAAAGGGCCAACAGAGACGGAGAUUCUAGCUAUCCACAAAUAUCUCCUGAGUACUACCGCCCCGGUACCUGAUAACGACCCUUUGCAGCGCUAUAAACCGGAACCCAAUUGUGAGAGCGAUUGUCCUGACUGCGGACUCAUAAAGACCAGCGGGUACUCGACAGCAGGAAACUCGGGCGAAGAUCGGCCCAAGGAAAGGCUUGAUUGGAGCAAGAUCGCCUUCAAUAUGAACAAGCCCAAGUGGCUGUUCGACGGCAAGGGAAUCGUGGAUGCCGACCAAUUAUCGACCUUAUACGGCAUUAAAGUAGAGAGCAUUGGGCGUUAG